ACACUAUCACUAUAUCAAUAGCCCUUCCUAACCCUAUAGUGCUACUAUUUGUUAUACAUAUAUAUAUAUAUAUAUAUAUAUUGUCUCGGAUUAAGAAAAAUCAUCAUCAAGAAAUCUAGAAAUGAAUCAGUUGGCUUUUGUGUUCGGCCUUUUAGGUAACGUGGUCUCCUUCAUGGUUUUCCUUGCUCCAAUUCCAACAUUUUAUCAAAUCUACAAGAAAAAAUCAACAGAGGGGUUCCAAUCCGUCCCUUACGUUGUGGGGUUGUUCAGCGCGAUGCUGUGGAUAUACUACGCAUUUCUGAAACCAGAUACAACCCUUCUCAUCACCAUCAACUCCGUUGGCUGUUUCAUUCAGUCGGCAUACAUCUGCUUCUACCUCUUUUUUGCACCAAGAAAUGCAAGGGUCCAAACUGUGAAGCUGCUGCUUCUGCUAAAUACGGUCGGGUUCGGGCUAAUCAUGGUACUUACUUAUUUCCUAGCAAAAGGCUCAAACCGCGCCAAUUUCGUCGGAUGGAUUUGCCUCGUGUUCUCUUUGUGUGUGUUCGUCGCACCUUUAUGCGUUGUGAGACAAGUGCUACGAACCAAGAGUGCGGAGUACAUGCCGUUUCUUCUCUCAUUUUUCCUCACUAUUAGUGCUAUUGUGUGGUUCUUUUAUGGCUUUUUGCGCAAAGACUAUAACAUCGCCAUACCUAAUGUUCUCGGGUUCAUCUUCGGGGUGCUGCAAAUGGUGCUUUAUUUGAUCUACAGAAAUGGCAAAACAUUGGUGCAAGAAAACCAGCAGCUCCCAGCUGGAAUUAUUGCAGUAGAAGACGAGAAGCAGCUUCCUGAACUAAGGGACCAGAUAAUUGAUGUUGUGAAGCUGCAGGGUGGAUUGGAAGUUGAGAUAAUUCCUGUUGUCUCAAUCCUGGUCGACAACCACAUUCUUGGAGGGGGAAAGAACGAAGAUCAAAACCCAUGAAAAAAAUUUAGUGUUGGUUUAAUUAUUUUCUUGAAUUGAUGAUUUGGUUUGGCAGUUGGCUUAAUUACAGCGACUCCUUUUCGUAUUAAUAUGUUGGUGUUAUAAUUAGUCGAUGUUGGAAUUCAAAUUUAAGGUUGGUAAUUAA